UGGUCUCAGUCGUCCGCGACGUUCUGUCCGCGAUACGAUUCGGCGUCAACGUGUCGUGCUCUGGACCCCACCGGUUGCAGCAAGUCGAUAUCUACGCGCCGGUACAGUAACAAAAACCACCCCCCUCCCGAGGAAACCAGUGAUUAAUAAAAUAGACUCGUCAUCGGACAGUGGCAUUGUGCUCCAAAAUCUUAGACUUGAGUAAUUUACGAAUAUAUGACAUAAAUUUGGGACAGUCGCUGAUCGUGGAUGCACAUUAUAAUGAAUGAAUCAUUUAAACAGGUGACUUAGAUAUUAAGUUCCCGAAGGAGGAAAUUAUUAAUCGAUACAAAGGAUAGAUUUUUAUUUCAAACUACCAACGACGAUCACCACGCGGUAUAGAGCAGUGCGAGAGAAUUGCUUCGAAUCGUCUUGAGGAAUAUCUUCCCGGUGUCUUCUGUAAUGUUUAAAUGGUUCAGUAAUCAGUGACGAGCAUCGUUGCAGCGGACUCUUACCGUGUUGGAGCCGCGCCAAAAGAAGUCGCGUACACGGUUGCACCAUCGUUUCAGGUUCCGUGGUCACCACAUGGUCACCACAAUCCGGCCGUGACGUGCGGUUAAAUUUAGAGACUGCCAUCGGAGAAAAUUGACAGUUCCCGGAUUGAGCUAUCGACUGUGAUCAAACAAACGCUCAACGAAAGCCGUCAGGUGCGUCAGAACGCGACGCCGCGGUGGGCCGUUUUGCCUCGAUCGUGGAAUGAUCGACGCGAUAUCGAUCGUGCGCGAGUACUGCUACUCGACAGUCGAGCCGGCUCGAUGCGCGGCUAAGGAAAUCGCGACCGGCGAGGCAUCAAGCGGUAAUCGAUCAAGGUGCUAUCGCGCGAAAGCCGCAGUCAAGGGGCACAUGAUGAUGUAAGGUGCCUGGACACGGUGCUACGAAGACCGAAAUGACGCGCGAUAAAAGGCUAGUGCUGCUGCUGGGCCUGCUGAUGGCCUAUGGCCUCUUCGUGGCCGAAUGCCGAUAUCAUCAGCGCGAUGACGCGGCGAUGACGGGGACCGAGGCGAGACACCGACAUAGGCACAGGCACGAAUCCUCGAAUCGAAGGAAUCAUCACGACCUCGACAGGAGAUCCUGGCCGAGAGUCGACUAUGACGCGUAUGACGGAGAUUCCGAGGAUCCGAUCGACGAAGAAGAUUAUGACGUGCAAUCGUAUUACGAUCAUCUCAGAUCGCAUCAUCGAUCCGCGCAGAGGGGUUAUCACGGUCGAAAGUUUGAGCCGCGUUAUCCGGCCAGAUAUCACGAUGGACAUCGCGGAAGCUGGUUCGAUGAAGACUACGACAGGUAUAGAAUUCCGUCGCGAUAUAACACGAAGAAUUAUCGAUAUAAAUCCGGCAGGACCUAUCAUAAACCCGCGUAUUCGCGCAAUCACGACGUGUCGGAUUUCGAGAAUGUUUCGGAGGAUGAUUACGAUUACGAGAGGACGCACAGAUACAUCGAAAGUGACGAGGCUGAUAAACAUCACGAGUGGUGGAGAAACUCCAGGCGACACGCGUCCCUCAGGAAAGACAUGAGAAAUAGAAUGAAUGGUUAUCGUGGCGCAAAGAAGGACCGCUUGGAGGAUCGCGGAGGCAUCACCGAUCGUGCCGAUGUGUCUGGAUGGACGGAUGAUUGGAGAGUAAGAUUGAACAUCUCGGAGCCUAAAUAUCACUCCUCGAAGAACGAUAAGAAGAUAGAGGAAGAUGAAGAUUACGAGGAUCACGGUGGACUCGAGGAAGACGACAAAGACGAAGAAGAAGAUGACAUUUGGAAAAAUGCCGAUGAUGAAGACAACGAAGAUAACGAAGAGGAGGAAUUUGAUAAUGAUUUCUAUGAGAGCAAGGCCAAAUCACCCUUGAAGACCUAUGAAGACAUUAUCAGGAGACUCACGUCUGGCGAACCGACCACUCCGAGACCUACCGUCAAGAGGGAUUACCGCAACAUCGAAACAUUGAAUAAGCACGCGAAACGUGACAGUUACAAGAAUUUCAACGAACCGAGAAAUGUCUCCAAACCGGUGGAUCUCCUCAGAUUCAGUAACGCGUCUCGCAGCGCCAUGUCCAAUUAUUUCGUGAACAGACGGGCCGCGAAGAACUCGACCGUCAAAUCCGUUGGUUCGAUCGGACAUAAGCUCCCGAAGAACGCGACCGACGUGACGGUCAAGGGCAACGAUCGGCAAGAGAAAAAGAUCGCGGUCAGUACUAAGACCAAGAGCCUCGAGGAUUACGACGAAUAUCUGAAUGCUCCGGAUAACGAGAAGGAGGACGACCUCGCUAAAGCUGGUACUGAGGACGAUUCGAUCAUGCAAGCAGAUGUUAAUAAUGAUUAUACGGACGACGAAAACGGCGACGAGGACGAGACUACCCUCGCCACGUCGACGACCACCACGACCACGACCACGACGACCACGACGACUACGACGCCGAAACCGUCGAUCAAUCAACGCUACGAUUACAGGGACCAGAGAGCCUACGAAAGCGGCACCGGGGCACAGUACAACGAAUACCAAGCAAAAAACGACUAUCCACCGAUGUCUGCACACAGCAUACAUAAGUGGCAGUCGCUAGGCACUCGCGAGAGUGUCAAACAAACCAGGGGUAACAUGCAGCAACACACCAAAAAUGAAGCCGAAGUGCGAAAGGCCAUUCACUACGCGCACCAAGUUCACAAGGAAGCCAGCUGUCAGUGGCCACGCGCCCGAGUCAUUCCAGUACGUGACGUUUAUCCGAACCCAUCAACCACCUACAUUCCACACUGCGCUAUAUUGCACAGGUGCUCGGACGACACCGGAUGCUGUAACUCGGAAGCGUACACCUGCAUGCCAAUCAAAUCUCAUCGCGUCGAGCUAUUCUUCUACACCUCGAACGUGGCCGGCGUCAGCGUAGUGGAGAAGCUAUCGUUCUACAAUCAUACGGAAUGCCAAUGCGAGAAGAAGUCCCAGUACAACAUGAUAAACGAGAAACCCAUGGAUCAGAGAGUAUAUCGACACUCUUCGUCGCCUCCACAAAACAUAAAAAAACCACCGUUGAAAGAGCCAUGCCGAUGCCCAUCAGAAUUCACGCCGAAAAUCACGCUGGAAGGCACUUGUCAGUGUAAUUGCUUCGACAAGAAUCAAAAUUGUAUAAGGAUCAGACGCGGAAAGGGAUUUUUCUCCUUUACAGACAGAAUAUGCAUUCAGAAAAAUCGAUGUGCCAUGCCUAACUGCGAAUUCGGCGAGUACAUAAGUUUAUCAGGUAAAUGCCCAGAAAAAAGGGACACCUUCAACGCAAUGUCAGACUACCGCUCGAAUCUAAAACACCGAUUAAGGAGUUAAAAAAAUCGCGAUAAAUAUAUAUACCGAAUAUAUAUCGGAUAGAGAAGGAAAGAAGAAUAAUGAUUGCAUAAAAUUCGUGUCGUGCCAAUGAAGAGAAAGAGAACGCGAUGAAACGCACGAAAAAUUGAUGGUGCCAUUUUCUUUUAAUUUUUUUUUUUCAAGUGUGUCUUCGUUAGAGAGAAAGAGAGAGAGAAAGAGACUCAUUAUACAAUGUAUAUGUGUACACGUAUCCUCUCGUCAUUAAAUGUAUAAAUGUACAUCGCUAUCCAGGCUAUAUGUAUCGUUGCUUUUUUCUUCUCUAUUGUUGGUCAACGAGGAUACGAUGGUAAUAAUGUGAUCGUUGAAUUUCAAUACCAGUAAUUGUCGAGAAUAGUAAAAUAUUUCGAAGUUUAUGACAAUGACGAGGAUACUUUCAUUAAUGAUAUUUAUCGCGGUUUAUCGCGAUGCGCGGUGAAAAUAAAAAUAAAUAAAUAUCCAAGAUUUUGCACACACGUCAUUUGAGAUAGGAAAAUAACAUUCUGUACAACUUUCGAGCAAUUUUUAGAAUAAUGUGACGUAAUGUAUAAAUUAGUGAUUACCCUGCAAAAUUAUUAGUGAUAUACAGUGCUUCUAAUUAUAACUCUUGAAGAGAAACGGUUAAAAAGAACUGCCUCUUUCACGAGCAGGAACUCUCGUCGGCGAAAAGGACUCGAGAAGUCGCAUCGCUAAAAUUAUGUAGAUUUAAGAGGAUGCGAGGACGUGUCUUUUACUUAAUGAUCAUUUUAUGCGAUAAGCGAUGUGUCAUAGCGUAGUAUCAUAGUUUACGCUGAGAAGACCUCGGACGCGAGCCUAGUCUGAGAUCCUGUUUCCGUUCUGCAUGAGAAAAAAACUUACUUAUCUAGAAUCUUAAAUCCCUCUCAUUCUCACUCGUUUCAUUAAAACAUGACCACGUAUCAUGCUUUGCCUAAAAUAUAUUUACAAAAGUAAUUAUAUAUACACGAAGAAAUAAAAAUAUAUACCAAAGUCCGAAUGCACAGAUAUGGACGUUCACGCAGAAUUGAAACAGAUCAUUAAUAUAUCCACAUAUUUUGUAUGUUACAUGAUAGAAUAC